AGUCAAAAGUGACGCGGUUAAUGGUUACGGCUGAUUUGUCCGAAAGAUUUGGGUAUGAAAACAUGCUUGAUCGCUGUACUUUUAAAAUGUAGGAACUGAGGUAGAUAGCGAUGAAAAAUAACAGAAAUUAACGCAAACAUCCUUGCGUGGUGAUGAAAGCAUUUUACGCACUCUUAAACGGUGCAAAGAAGACAAAUGUCGCCUUUCAAACCACACACUGCCUUUUAACUGUCAUGGUCUGCUCCAAAUCGUCAGAAAACAGAAAGGUGCUCUGGAAUAAAUAGCGGCUUUCUUCUUUUAUAGAGAUGAACAUAUAUAUAGCUAUAUAUGUAUGAUAUAUUCCCCAUUCUGAUUCUUUACUAUGAAGCUACUUCAAUAAAAAUGAUUGACCGGAACGUUAAGCGCACCCGCUACCUUUUCCGGGUGUAUUUUGAAGGGACACUUCAUUUCAAAAUGACGUCCGUCACCAGUCCACCAUGUAAAAUAUUUAAGUUUCAAGAUGCCAGGGCUUCACCUGAUCAGGUAUUCGAAGUGAAAUCAGAGUGUUUACACCCUUCACCGGCUCCGAUAGUAAUAGACAAUGGCUCUUUUCAAACCCGAGCUGGCUGGGCUUGUAACGGUGAGGAAUUUGUACACCCGCGUUUGGUGUUCAAACCGGUGGCGGCGAGAAGCAGAGGGGCAGCCAGGAGUGAGACACAGGUCGGCAACGAUAUCCCUAAUCUGGAGCCACUCCGCUGGCUUCUCAAGAGCCAGUUCGACCGAAAUGUUGUUGUUAAUUUUGAGAUUCAAGAACUUAUGUUUGAUUAUAUAUUCAUUCACCUCGGAAUCGAAACGGAGGGUAAUGUGCAACACCCACUGGUCCUUACAGAGGCUCCCUGUAACCCACUUCACUGCAGGCAAAUGAUGUCGGAACUACUAUUUGAAUGUUAUGGUGUACCACAGGUGGCAUACGGAAUCGAUAGCUUGUUCAGCUUCUAUUACAGCAACACACAGUGUGGCCUGAAACCUCCUCACACCGGCUUGGUGGUAUCUUCUGGAUAUCAUUGCUCUCACGUGCUGCCCUUCAUCAAUGGCAGACUGGAUGCUGUUAAUUGUAAGCGGGUCAAUGUUGGAGGUAGCCACACAGCAGCCUACAUGCAGAGACUUCUGCAGCUGAAAUACCCUGCCCACCAGCCAGCCAUCACACCUAGCCGAAUGGAGGAGCUCUUGCACCAACACUGUUAUGUUGCUGUGGAUUAUCAGCAAGAGCUGGAGCGGUGGAGGAGCGGUCAAUUCUACGAGACAGAGGUGCACCGCAUGCAGCUGCCCUUCUCUGGGAAGGCGGCGGGCUCGUACGCCAGCGUGGAGGAGAGGCAGGAGAAGCGGGUACAACAGCUGCGCAGGCUGGAGGAGAUCAACAACCGUCACAGAGAGGAGCGGCUGCAGCAAGAUCAGGAGAGGCUGGAUGCGCUGCUCGCAGUGCAGGAACUGCUGGAAGAGGGCGCUCUGGAGCAGUUUCACAGGCACUUGGUGGAACUGAACAUGGACUCUGCUGAGGAAUUGCAGGCGUACAUCCACAAACUGAGCCUUAGUGUGGAGCAGUACAGGCUGGCCCGAGCAGAGAUUACAGACUUUGAGCCACCUGUGGAUGAAGGUGAUGGAGUGAGUCAAACGGAGGUGGAUUUAAGCGAAGAGCCUGAAAAACCUGAGCCUGAAAAGGCAGAUCACAUCCAGCCGGUGUUCAACUUGGCUGAGUACCACCAGCUGUUUGUGGGAACUGAGAGACUGCGCAUUCCAGAAGUCGUGUUUCGUCCGUCUCUGAUUGGUGAAGAGCAGAUGGGCCUUACUGAGGCGCUGCAGUUUGUACUUGAUCAUUUGGCGAGGUACUCCCCCAAAGAGCAGGCGGCGAUGUCUGAAAAUGUGUUCCUGACUGGGGGAAACCUGCUCUACCCCGGAGUCAAGGAGCGAGUGGAGAGAGAACUGCUUGCUAUAAGACCCUUCCAGUCACACUUCAAGGUGUCACUGGCUCCCCAGCCAGCUCUGGAUGCCUGGUUUGGGGCCCGUGAGUGGGCUCUCAGGCACCCGAUUGGGUCCCAGGGCUGGAUCAGCCGAAAGGACUAUGAGGAGAAGGGGGGGGAGUACCUGAGCGAGCACUGUGCAUCCAACGCCUUCAUCCCCAUAAGGACCAGUAAAGCAGACCAACAGGCCAGUGAUGGGUCACCCACUGAACACACACAGGAUGCUGGCACUUCAGCUGGGAGCUUGGACAGUGACAUGACCAAGUCUGCUGGACUUUAGCGGUCAAGAUCUUUUGAUAAUGGAGUUAAUGUGUCCUCUCCAGCUCCUACACAUUAUUCCUUUUUGUGAUGCAAUAAAGUAGUCACAUGCUGAACUGUCUGACGAAAGAACAAGUUAAGAGAUGAAAACUGAUUUUCAUGUAAAAAGGCCUUUUUUAAAAUUAGUUUUCAUUAACUACUGUGUAUUUCCUUCUUUGUCUUUUCUUCUUUUUUACAUGCUUCGGAAAUAAUCUGGGGUGAUGCCUUUACAGUCUGCUUUAUGGUGUGAUCUCAGUUGAUAGGACAUCAUCUGGUUCUGCAAAACUAAAAACUAAAAAUAAAAUGUUAUCUGGCUGCCAUGCCAAGGAGCUAGCUCAUUUAUCCAGUAAAGAUUUCAGACUAUAUGAUUUUAGUCCUGAUUUUCCACUCACCGACAAUUCUUGGAGAUUGCUGAGAAAACUCCCAGAUCGGAGGCAAAUCGGCAUUCACUCAGGGCCCAAGAAUCAUCUCUCGAUUGCUAAAUGAAGAUUGGUCUAAAAUACCAUCUGAGAGGCUCACCAAACCACAACUUCAACAUUCCCAGUGAGAAGACAGCGAGUUAUGUCGUAUGAACUGCACAAUGAUCUUAUGCCUUUGAAAGUCAUGUAAUGUCCCUUAUAUAAGAGAGGCACAUAUGAGUGGGACCACAGGGAGUGACGGAGUACAACAAGGCUGUGGUACCUCCACAUCCAUACAGAUAAACAAGUAGUCACAAACCAACCAGACAUCAGAAUGGUGGGCAAGGUACUGAAGACAACAGUGUUAAUAUAUGUGGAGGUCACAAGCAAUGGAAACAACCAAACGAAUGGUAAUUUAAAUCACCACUUUUAGAAUCCUCCACUGUUGUAUAUACUUCAUAUUACACCAUUAUAAAUAAUCAAAUAUUUACAUAAUAAUUUUUAACUCCACAGAGAUUAAGUAUUCAGUUUUCACAAGGUGGUGCUGUUUCACAAUUAUUUGUUCCACCAGAAAACCAACCCAUGAAGCAUGUUAAUGGAUUCAGAACAUCUGAAUCAGGAUAGGACUUUAUCCUCCAAGUAUGUUUGCAGACAUAAGGAAUUUGUCCUUGCUCUCAGUAGCUUAUAGUAUACAAUGCACUGUAUACAGUAGGUCACAAUAAAAAUUGCACUGCAGUAACAGAUAUCUACCACACGUACACACUCGCAUGCAGCAAACGUGUAAACACAUGCAUACACACAUUGGUGAAAAGAGUUUUUAAGUGCAGAGUGAUGUCACUUAGUGGGAGGAAACUAUGAUAAAACAAAAGAAUAGAAUAAACUUAGAAUAAACUUAGAUUCUGGAGGGUUAUGUACAGAACUGUGUCAGAUAACAGCUCUUAUGUGCUGUGGUAGUUUAUAAGUGCGGUGUGGGGAAAGAAGCUUUUCUGCAGUCUGGUUGUUUUUACCCUCAUUUAGCUGAAGUGCCUGCUUGAGGAUAGAAACUGAAACAGGUAAUAUCCAGGGUGUAGUAAAUCAGUGAUAAUCUGUGCUGCUCUGCAGUUUUGGAGGAGUGCAGAUCAAGCAGGGUGGGUAGUUUCGUACCACUGAUCUUUUCUACAGACCUGAUGAUGCAUUGCAGUGUGCAUGUCAUGUUUGGUGAUAGAGCAUAGCUCAGAACUGUGAUUUGGCACUGUGGUGACAGCUUUCUCCAUGCAGUUUACCAGCUUGGCAUCCUAAUUGCUUCAUUAUAUGGCUCAGAGUACGCCUAGUGAGUUUGCUUCAAAGAAAAACAUUGUCUGAUGCUAAUCCAGAUCAGAGAAAAUGACCUGUUUUAAAAUAUGAUUUUGUGUAUUUUGAAUUAGGAGGAAAAGGCUAUGGAGGUAAUGUGCUAGUAAACUGUCUGAGUCUUCUUUAAUACAUGGUGUUACAUGGCUCUCUCAAAGUCAAGUAAUAACACACAAAAUAGGACAGCUUGCAUGUUAUUUGGUGAUGCAUAUUUGUUACAGUCUGCUUUUGUGUGGCACGUAUGUGUUAGCACCUACAUGCGUGUGCUUGUUUGUGCUCAAAUAGCCCAGAGGUUUCCAUAAUCCACAGAACGGUGGAACUCAAUACUUUGCUUAAAAAACUCUGAGGAACAAGUUUAUGUGGCAUAUCUGGCCUUGGUACAUGAAGAGUUGGACUGGUAUAACGGAUUGAAAGCAGCACCUGACACAAGGACUAAAUAAAAUGGAGUUUUUAAACACAGAGAAUGUUCACUAUGUCAAUGAACUGUCUCUUUUAAUAGAUUAAACACAUUAAGCUUGCUAGCAAUUCUGUUGUUUAUUAUAGCUGAUAGCCAUUAUACCUGAUUAUAGCUAAGAAGAGGAAGGGAUUUCACCUUUUUUUUUAGGCUUGAUGUUUAUGAAGUAAAAUGGAAAGUGCUCUUCAUUUUACUUGAAAUGCAAGGUGAAAACACAGAACACAUGAUGCAAGUAUUGUGGCAAUGUAGUGGCUUGCCAUGUGUAAGCAAAAUGCUGAGUUUUUUGUAAAGAACUGCCUUGUUGAUAUAGGGAAAAUUACUUAAACCACACACAAGAUCAGUGAUCAUUAAAAUGUGUUAGGCUACACCAAUUGUAAACAAGCAUAUGUUCAAGUUCAAUCCAUAUGUUUGGAUCAAGCUAUGUUGUGGUAUGCAGAGAUGCAGUGAAAUGUUAUAUUUAAUCAUUCUUUAAACAGAAGAGUGAAGUUGGAAGAUCUUUUAUUAAUGAUAAUUUCUCAUAUUUUCAGACAAUAGACAUACAACAAUGUACAAUUUAAAAAAAAGGGGGGGGGAAUGAGGAAAAUGUAACACUUCAGCACACAUUUACGAAGAUUUAAGGACAUCAUUAACAUUUUGCAUUUUGAAAAUAUGCACGUCAUCUCGUGCAGUCAUCUGCCAGAGACUGUGCUGGAACCAUUCUAUACAUAAAACAAAUCUACUUGACCUUGUCUGUUUUUUUUUUCUUUCUAAAUUUGGGAAGAAUGUUUUAUAUUGCAAAUACACACUAGGCCUCAUGCAAAAGACACACUCGAACAGAUUAGGACUGAAUUUACUUCCCUAAUUUGAAUUCGUCGUGACACAGUUGUCGGAAAAUGUACGAGAGGUUUGAGAUAGAAUACUAAAAUGUUCUCUCAUUAAAUCCAUUGUUUCUA